AUUCACAAUGAAAAAUUUUACAAUUUUAAAGGGGCCUGUUAGAUUUAGAAAUCACAGUUUGGAGGCAAGAUGUCAGACGACGACAAAGUUCUUACAAGAAACUUGUCCUUUAUCAAGGACAACAUAACAGAUAUGGAUGGUGUAAUGGACAAACUGAUUGAAGAUGACAUACUGAGACUUGAAGACAGGUCUAGAAUUCUGGCAAAUAGAAAUCCACGUCUUCAAAUUCAUGCGGUAUUGGAGAUUGUUGUGAAGAAAGGAGCCUAUGACAACUUUAUUAGAGCAUUAGAGACCUCUGGAAAUAGCCACAUCAUAGAACGUUUAGAAAAUAUAGAUUAUAACUGCGAAAAGACAGACUUGUCAAAAGAAGAUAAACAAGAAGAGCUUGACCAGAGCGAUGGACAUGAAGAUAAUAGGAACCACACCAAAACUGAGCAAAGUUAUAAACUUCAGAAGCAGCUUAAAAAUAUGCAAAGUGAGAACGAACACUUGAGAGAUCAACAAAGAAGUGUUAGAAAUGAACUGGAGUCGAAACAAAAGAAGAUGCAAGAACUAAACAAAGAAGUAAACGAUUUUAAAGCACAGAAUAAACAACUGAAUGAGAGACUUAAACUGCUUUGUAAUAGUGAUAAACUAAAGGACAGAUUAAGUAACAUUGAAUUAGAAGUAAGAGAAAAGGACACAGAACAUGGACUUUUAGAGACGGAAAUACAAGAAAAAGAGAAUGAAGUACAACAACUUCAAGACGAUUGCAACAAACUUAGAUUGGAAUUAGCAGAAAAGACCGACCAGCUUGUAGCUUUAAGCGAACAGAUGAAAGCACUGCGAGAUGACCUUGGAGUUGCAAGGAAAGAACGUUAUGAUUUGAAGGUGAAGCUAGAUGAAAUGAACGUGAAUUUAAAUGAUAAAUGGAAGCUUAUGAUGAAUGUGUUAGAGAAUAAAUUAAGUCAGAGUCGUCGAAUACCUACGAGACUACCAUCCGAACAAAAAGAACCAAUACUUCCAACAAUAAGAUCAAACCAAACAACACCUUUGAAAUUCGUGGAUAACCGUUAUAGCCUAACUCCAAAGGACAAAAUAAAAUUACGAACACAACAGGCACAAGCUGUGGCCCCGAAAAAUGUUGUGAGAGAUAAAAAGACAGCUUUCUGUGGAACAAAACCAAGAUCUUUCAAUAAAUUUUUAAAAUAAAUCAAAUUGGAAGGUUA